GUCUUCCUUCAUAGAUAUAUCAGGUACAUGGAAGCAGGAAACCAAACAGGAAUUUUAGAGUUCAUCCUCCUUGGGUUCUCUGAGGAUCCAGAACUGCAGCCCUUCAUAUCUGGGCUGUUCCUGUCCAUGUUCCUGAUCACUGUGCUCGGGAACCUGCUCAUCAUCCUGGCCAUCUGCUCUGACCCCCACCUCCACACACCCAUGUACUUCUUCCUCUCCAACUUGUCCUUGGUCGACAUCAGUUUCAGCUCCACCAUCGUGCCCAGGAUGCUGGUGAGCAUCCACACAGAGAACAAAGCCAUCUCUUAUAUGGACUGCCUCACUCAGGUCUAUUUUUCCAUGUUUUUUCCUAUCCUGGACACUCUCCUCCUGACUGUGAUGGCCUAUGACCGGUUUGUGGCCAUCUGCCACCCCCUGCACUACAUGGUCAUCAUGAACCCACCCCUCUGUGGCCUGCUGGUUUUUGUUACCUGGUUUAUUGGUGUCAUGACCUCCCUUCUUCAUAUCUUUCUGAUGAUGCAUCUGAGAUUCUGUGGAGAUCUCAAAAUUCCACAUUUCUUCUGUGAACUGACACAGAUUCUCAAGUUGGCCUGCUCUGACACCUUCCUGAACCGCACAUUGAUAUACUUUAUGACUGGUGUGCUAGGCGUUUUCCCCCUUGUCGGGAUCCUUUUCUCCUACUCACGAAUUGCUUCAUCCAUAAGGAAGAUGUCUUCAGCUGGGGGAAGGCAAAAAGCAUUUUCCACCUGUGGGUCUCACCUCUCAGUGGUUUCUUUAUUUUAUGGGACAGGUGUUGGAGUUUACUUCACUUCUGCAGUGACUCACUCCCCCAAGAAAGUCUCAGUGGCCUCGGUGAUGUACACUGUGGUCACUCCUAUGCUGAACCCCUUCAUCUACAGCCUGAGGAACAAGGAUGUGAAGGGGGCGCUGGGAAGGCUUCUCAGUAGAGUGGCUUCUUGUCUGUGACGAAUCUGCUGGCCCCAAGACUAUGAAAUUUUAUGGAUCCUAAGAGCAAAAAGUUUGAUUCUGGAGUUUACUCUUGAAUCUUACACACCUUUCACCCAAUCCUGAAGGAUCAAUGACUUCUCUCUCCUAGUUUUUACAAAUUUUUAAACAACCAAUUUCCUCAUAAUUUAUGUGAUGAUAUUUCUGCCCCAUCUGUUGUCCCAAAGUUAUGUCCUCCACUUUCUUUCUUACUUCCUCACUGGUGAGUUCUAACCUGGAUUUGGAGUGUUAACUUCAGCCUUGUUGUCUGAAAUGUUGAUGGAGAGUGCAGUUGUUCAUAUUAACUUAUUUCUAUGUGUUUUAUUGUGGGUUUGUGUUGUUCAUGUGCAUGUAUUACCAACAGUGUUUUGGAGUUUUUUUAAACUGGAUAAAAUAUGAUUUUAAAACAUAAUAAAAUAAAGUCAAUGUUUUAGUGCUUAUUAUAUGGUAAACCUAUGUUAGCUGCUCUCUAUUUUCUUAAGUAUCUUCCUCAAUGGAAAUGAUUACUGUCUCCAUUAAAAAAAAUUUUUUUUUAGUGUUUAUUUUUGAGAGAGACGAAGACAGAAUGCGAGUAGGUCAGGGGCAGAGAGAGAGGGAGACACAG